UAAAAUUAAGCGGUGUAACAUUUUCUGUGUGGUUUCUCCGUCAUCAUCAUCCACCAGCACCAGCGUCAAUGGCCGCCCUGCCGGACAAUCUAACCAGAGAACAGUAUGUAUACCUGGCGAAGCUUGCGGAGCAAGCCGAGAGGUACGAAGAGAUGGUGAAGUUCAUGGAAAAGCUCGUCGUCGGAACAACGCCGGCGGCUGAACUCACCGUCGAGGAGCGCAACCUUCUCUCCGUCGCUUACAAGAACGUCAUCGGUUCGCUUCGAGCUGCUUGGCGUAUCGUUUCAUCGAUCGAACAAAAGGAGGAGUCUCGGAAGAACGAGGAUCACGUGAUGCUGGUCAAGGACUACAGAUCUAAGGUCGAGAACGAACUCUCCGAUGUUUGCUCUGGAAUAUUGAAACUUAUGGAUUCGAAUCUGUUGCCGUCUGCAUCCACCGGUGAAUCUAAGGUCUUCUAUUUGAAGAUGAAAGGAGAUUAUCAUAGGUAUUUAGCCGAGUUCAAAACCGGAGAUCACCGGAAGGAGGCUGCAGAGGCUACUAUGAAUUCCUACAAAGCUGCUCAGGAUAUCGCGCUCUCGGAUUUGGCUCCAACACACCCGAUAAGAUUGGGUCUGGCGCUCAACUUCUCCGUGUUUUAUUAUGAGAUUCUGAACUCAUCUGACAAGGCUUGUAGCAUGGCAAAACAGGCAUUUGAAGAAGCCAUUGCUGAGUUGGACACUCUGGGUGAAGACUCGUACAAGGAUAGCACUCUGAUCAUGCAACUACUGAGGGACAAUCUCACUCUUUGGACUUCUGAUGCACAGGAUCAAUUGGAUGAGCCAUAGAUGGGCAACACUAAGAAGUGAAGUUUGUUGGAUGAGGAAGAAUAGGUCAUUUCUAUCGUCAACAUUUUCUGUUUCAUAUGUUUGACCUUAACCAAACCCUCUGCACUUUCAUUUAUGAUUACUUGCAUCUUACCCCAAUUCUCAUGGAAUAAGGGUCAAAUAAGAACCAUUGAAUAAUUAGGAACCACUUUUUAGUCCUUGGAUCAUAUUUCGAUGGUUGAUAUC